CAACAGUACAACAGCUCUGGGGUGUCUUGUCCUGGUGUAGACACUGCAUGGAGCAAGCACAGGUGCUCAGGAUAAUAGUGUAACAUGGAGGUGGAGAAAGAAUGCGGCGAGCUCAACAACCUGAACAUCAGCACAGUUGCCCAGGAUACCCAGGAUGAGACCGUUCCAGACCACCAGAAGAAGAAACCAUCCUGCUGUGCAUCAAUAAAGACUUUCCUGGUCGCUCUUUCUUUCUGUUAUUUCGCUAAGGCAUUUUCUGGGAGUUACAUGAAGAGCUCAAUAACUCAGAUUGAGCGCCGCUUCGACAUUUCCUCCUCCACGGUCGGGAUAGUGGACGGAAGCUUUGAGAUUGGAAACCUGCUGAUGAUUCCCUUUGUUAGUUACUUUGGGGCAAAGCUUCACAGGCCGAGGAUCAUCGCUGCUGGCUGCUUAAUGAUGGCGUUGGGCAGUUUCCUUACAGCGAUGCCACAUUUCUUCAUGGGACCUUAUAAGUAUAAUUCAAUGAAGGUGGAAAUGUCUUCGCAAAUCAAUUCUAUAGACUCCACCUAUAGUGUCUCCCCAUGUCUGGCCAACACAACAUUAACUGAGGACAUCAAACCAGAGUGUGUGAAGGAGACAAGUUCUUACUUUUGGGUUUACGUCUUGGUCGGGAAUAUGCUGCGAGGAAUCGGAGAGACCCCCAUUACUCCUCUGGGAAUCUCUUACAUUGAUGAUUUUGCUGAGCCAAAGAACACAGCACUAUAUAUAGCUUGUCUGCACACUGUGGCGUUGUUUGGCCCGAUGACUGGAUUUAUGCUUAGCUCGUUAUUCGCUAGGCUUUACGUAGAUAUCGGAUUUGUGAAUCUUGACACAGUGAUUAUUACACCACAAGACACACGAUGGGUUGGGGCCUGGUGGAUCGGGUUCCUGUUGGGCGGAGUCCUUAUGCUAAUUUCGGGAAUUCCUUUCUGCUUCCUGCCUAAGAGUAUGUUGACGAAAAAGACACAGCCCUCCCCUGAAGAACAGAAGCUUAAAGUAACUGAGUGUGAUGAAAAAGCCACAGUAAAUGGCUUCUUCCUCUCCCUGAAGGCUCUGGUUUGUAAUCCGCUUUACAGUAUCUUGAUUAUAAUGACUCUCUUUCAAAUGAACAGCUUUCUUGGAUUCGUAACUUACUUACCCAAGUAUAUAGAGCAACAAUAUGGCCAGUCCACCUCCAAGGCCAACUUUAUCACUGGAGCAUCCCUUCCGGCAGCGGCUCUGGGAAUGUUGCUGAGUGGUCUGAUGAUGAAGAAGUAUAAGUUUGGAUUGCUAUCUGCCUCUAAGUUGGUCUUCAUUUCCUCUCUUGGGUCCUUCAUCUUUUUUCCCUCGAUCUUUGUUAUUGGCUGUGAAAGACUUGAAGUGGCGGGGAUGACCGUGUCUUAUAACGGGAGCAAACUGGACACAUUAGGAGGCAACCAGCUGUUCUCCGACUGUAACAGCGACUGUAGGUGCUCCACCAGCCAGUGGGAUCCAGUGUGCGGAGUGAAUAAUAUCACCUACAUGUCAGCAUGUCUGGCCGGCUGCAAAUCGUCCACAGGAUCUGGAAAGAGCAUAGUGAGUGAUAAAAAUGUAUAG